CUCCCUUUGUUUUUUUGGACGGCAUAGGCAUGCAGACUACAGUAUUGCAACUUGAAUUGUCUAAAAUCACUUACUAAUCCACAUUUGGCCUGAUAACGUGCGUUUUUGUGUAAGGAAACAAUCCAGAAUAUAGUAUGGCCUAUUUCAAUCCAUUUCAACUCUUUAUCUUAUCUGUGUUGGCCAUCCACGUCAAUACGGCCCUCCCAUCCAGUUGUACAAAUCAUAGCAGUUUAGUCUCUCCAGCCUUGACGAAAUUCUCGACAUCUCUCUACCAGGCAACUUCGAAAGCUGUAGGUAAGUAUGAUAAUGUCAUCGUAUCGCCGUCCAGCAUUGCGUUGGUAUUGGCGAUUACGUUAGUCGGGGCGAGAGGUAACACAACAAAACAAAUUAAACAAGCGCUUCACAUGAUGGACGAAACGGAUGCAACGAUUUCUUGCACUAUCGGUGCAUUUAACAGGAACAUUAAAUCGAAUGGCGUUAAUCUCAAAUCGAUGAAUCGUGUUCUAGUCUCGGAUGAUUUUCGCUUGACGGAAGCCUUCCGUUCGACAGUACAAAAUCAAUUUGAUGUAUUAGCGGAAAAUGUAAACUUUUCUCUUCCUUCAACUUUGGAAGCUAUUAAUAAACAAAUUGAAAAAUCAACCAACGGCAAGAUAAAGGAUUUAAUUCCAUCAGGAUCUCUUGGAGCCUCUACCAAAAUGAUUUUGACGAAUGCCAUCUAUUUUAAGGGUAACUGGCUCAAAGCUUUCGACUCCUCGAGAAGUAGAAUCAGGCCUUUUUACGUCGGUCACCAACUGAAAAUGAUGCCAACAAAAAUGAUGGCCAGCCGAAGCUAUUUUCGCAGAGCAUUCAUUAAAGAAGCCGACGCACAGGCUCUUGAAUUACUUUACUCGGGUUCUCAAUUUAGCAUGAUUAUUAUUCUACCCAAUCGAUAUAAUGGAUUAGCUCGUAUCGAAUCUUUGUUGUCAUCCAAACUUCUCAGCUUGAUCGAUAGCAAACUGAGCAAAACUCUAAUUGAUGUCGUCAUACCAAAGUUCAAAUUCGAAUCUUCACCUGAUGUUAAGCGCGUUUUGAGGAAUGUUGGUAUAAUUGAUUUAUUCAAUGCCGAUGCCGAUCUCUCUGGAAUUUCAGGCUCAAAGGAACUAUACGUUUCGGAUGCUUAUCAUCGAGCGUUUAUUGAAGUAAACGAAAAAGGAACUGAAGCGGCUGCCGUUACGGCUUUUAGGUUUGUGGCGCGGAGUUUUAGGCCAACUCCAUUUAUUCCAAAAUUCGUAGCUGAUCAUCCUUUCCUAUUCAUUGUUCGUGACAGGCGGAGCCAGGAAAUUCUUUUCAUGGGACGUUUCUGCAAACCAGAAAAACAUUAGGCGAUUAGAAAAUCAGUUGGAAGUCAUAGGUAAUUACCGACCGGCUGUUAAUUGAAAGCCACGAAGAACGGGGGAGGAUGUGUAUUUAUUUCCCAUUGGGAUAGUACUGUCUCGUCUAGAGAGAAGCGAUACUAAAUUAUACUUGCACCCCAUUUGAAAAUAGAUGGCGUAUUCCAGUUGUUUGUUUUUUUCAGUCUCGAUCGUUGCAAACUAACCGUGUUCUAAUAAUAAAAUAAUUUUAUUGCAUAUCAAACAAGUCCAUUCCAUGUUGUUUUCGGAUCAGACGGGUAUUAGUUAGCUUUUCAUUUUCUUUCCUUAAACUUUCAAAAAAAACACCGCACUUCACUAUGCCAGAGUUUCAAUCACUCUUAAUUUUGUGAUUAUGUGACUGUGAAAAAUGGUUUGUCUAAGAUCUAGGCUAAUAGAGCAAAGUUUCAAUCUUAAUUAGGGAUAAUCUAACGGCAUGUGAGUAGCCAAAUUUAAUCGGGAAAGUUUGCACGAAAAACAAUAGUAGUCUAGCCUAAUGUCUCAGUAUCUGCCACAGAGUAAUUUUUUUAAUGUUUCAAUUUAUUUGUUUCCCGCCCUUCACUUUUGAUCUGUUAACCCUAUAUUCGAAGUCAUAAACAUUAAAUAUGGAAAUGG